GGCAAAGACCAAUACACCAUAUGAUCAUAUAUCGAACAUUCAAUAAUAAAAAUGGCUUUCUUUGCUAAGAAAUCAAAACUUUUCGUGCUAACGAUUAUUCUUCUUAUUUGUUGUUCCCAUGCGAACGAUCAGAUACCCCAAGUCAGGAAAGAGGAUCGUAAAUUGCUUGGCUUUGCUAAAGGAGCAGCUUCUCUUCUAAAGCAGAGGAUUAAAGGUGUGGAUGAUGCUACCAAGCCUGCAGCUAAAACAGUGCCAGCUACAAAUCAGGCUAGAACUCGGUGGCCAGCAGAUAUUACUGCAAAGAACAUAGGGGAAAGCGGAGCCGGGAAGGCAUUUGUAACAGGCUUUCGGGUCGGGUGGAAAAGAGGAAAAUGGUAUUAUCGAAUGGAGGAAAGGUGUCAAAAAUAUCAAAGCGUGUUGAACUGUUUCCCUGCUUCUCCAGCUUGCCAUGGAACUUCAAGGAGUUGCUUCGUCCAAGUUACUGGAAACACAAGAAUGGUUGAUUCCUGCCGGGAGGACUGCGUGCCUUCCUUGCCAACACUCACCCCUUGCACUUAUCAUAAUGGUGUUUUUUAUUUGGGAAGUACCAAGCUCUCGAUAGAUGUUGCUCGCACCAAAUGUCAGGUUGUAUAAGUAUUAGAAUGCUCCGAUGGGUUUAUGUGUUUUUUGUGGUAACUAAUUAUAUAUGUUAUUUGUUUUUCUUUCUUGUUGUAUGUUUCUUUCCAAACUGUAGUUUCUGUCCCAGCUUCUUAUUACUUUAUUAAAACGAAAAGGUGUACUCUCUG